AUAAUCUCUCAUGCUACUGGGCCCUGACGAUCUGGCAUGUUCUGGUUGUUGUUCUCGAAAAGAACCUUUAGCUGGGGAAGGAAUAAACUGCAAUGGUACAGCCAAGGCCCUUCCUAAGGACAUAUUUUUGAUAUGUGGGGAUAGAGCUUGGCAAGGGAUACCAAAGAAUCCAGGGGGGCCGUGUUAUUUGGGAAAGCUGACCUUGUUGGCUCCCAAUCACACUGCAAUGAUAAGUGUUAUGAAAAAGAUCGAUCGAGCUCGACGCCAGAAAAGGUCAAUAAAAACAUUGGACCAGGAUUGUAGUGAUGAGGUUCAGCUGUGGGGUCCCACAGCUAGAAUCUUUGCAUCCGUCUUAGCUCCGGGAGUAGCUUCAGCCAGCCCUAAGAGAAAUUGAGAGAUGGCAUGCUGGUCCGUGAAGCAAGCUAAUGUCACCACAGCAGUCCUGUCGGAACUCCUGAUGGACGUUAACAACAUCAGACACGCUGUUCUUCAAAAUAGAGCUGCAAUUGACUUUCUGCUGCUUGCUCAAGGGCACGGGUGCAAGGACUUUGAAGGGAUGUGUUGUUUCAAUCUGAGCGACCACAGCGAUUCGAUACAUAGGAAGUUGGAAUGGAUGCAAGAACACACGAAGAAGAUCGCAAUAGAUGAUGCAUUCGGAAGCUGGUUGGAGGGACUGUUUGGUAAUCUGGGCCCAUGGCUUAAGCAGUUUCUCAAAGUAUUAAUCAUAGGUAUUUUAUUCUUUUUAGCUUUAAUGAUUUGCUUACCUUGUUUGUUUCAGUGUGUCCAGGGUUGUUUACAGCGUAUGAUAGAAAGAAUGUUUAACGAAAAAAUGGAGUACCAACGGGUAUAUGAUAAACUUUGAGAAGAAGGAACUGUAUAAA